AUGAGUAGUGAGCAAACCAGUCUGCAGGUUCCCUCCAGCUGGUGUGGACCUUCAGAAAAGAUAAGUCCACUGCUGUGUGAUGGACGACUGACACACCUCCUCUUUCCACUGCUCCUCCUCCUGCGGGCUCCCCUGCUGUUCGGCUUCGGUGAGCGCACCUGCCCCAAUAGCUGCCGAUGCGAGGGGAAAACGGUCCAUUGUGAUUCCUCUGGCUUCGUAGAUGUUCCAGAAAACAUCUCAGUCGGCUGCCAGGGCCUCUCCCUGCGCUACAAUGACCUGCACACCCUGCUGCCCUAUCAGUUUGCUCACCUCAGCCAGCUCCUCUGGAUUUACUUGGACCACAAUCAGGUUUCUGCCGUUGACAGUCGAGCGUUCCAGGGGGUCCGCAGGCUUAAGGAGCUGAUACUGAGCUCCAACAGGAUCACGUCGCUACACAAUUCGACAUUCCAUGGAAUACCCAAUCUCCGCAGUCUGGACUUGUCCUACAACAAAUUGGAAGUCCUGCAGCCAGGUCAGUUCCAUGGCUUACGUAAACUACAAAAUCUACACCUGCGCUCCAAUGGUCUCUCCAAUAUCCCGAUCCGAGCAUUCCUAGAGUGCCGGAGUUUGGAGUUCCUUGAUUUGGGCUACAAUCGAAUCAAGGCUCUCACUCGCACCACCUUUCUGGGCCUGCAGAAGCUGAUGGAGUUGCAUCUGGAGCACAACCAGUUCUCACGGAUCAACUUUUUUCUGUUUCCGAGGUUAGCCAACCUGAGAUCCCUGUAUCUGCAGUGGAACCGCAUCAGGGUGGUUAACCAGGGCCUCCCGUGGAAUUGGUACACUCUGCAGAAACUUGAUCUGUCAGGAAAUGAAAUCCAGACCCUGGAUCCGGCUGUGUUUCACUGCUUGCCCAACCUCCAAGUCCUCAACCUGGAAUCCAACAAGCUGUCCAACGUGUCUCAGGAGGCCGUGACGGCAUGGAUCUCACUGACCUCCAUCAGCCUCGCUGGGAACAUGUGGGAUUGUGCGACUGGCAUCUGCCCCCUUGUGGCUUGGUUGAGGAAUUUCCGGGGCAGUAAAGACACCACUAUGAUAUGCAGCAGCCCAAAGUAUCUGCAGGGAGAGAAGAUUAUGGAAGCCACAAUGAGCCACGGCAUCUGUGAGGAGACUGAUUACGUCCUGACUGAAACACCCUCGCCAAUGUCAGAGCUCAUUUCUGAAGCCACCGCCGAACCAACCUUCUCCCCGACUGGCACCUCUCCACCAAUGCCUCCGAGCAACACCUUUGGUCCACUGCCACCAUUCAGACCACGGCCUAUUCCUCAUCCUACUUUUCCAGGGCGUUUGAACAAGGACCCUAAAGACUCAGUAGCUCUCACGCGACCCACUCACACACCACCCCCGGAGAUGGAGCACAUGACUCUGCACAAAGUGGUGGUGGGCAGCGUGGCGCUCUUCUUCACCAUGUCCCUAAUCUUGACAGUUGUCUAUGUGCUGUGGCGGCGGUACCCCGGUGCAACCAGGUUGCUGCAGCAGCGAUCCAUGGUGGGACGGAAGCGCCGCAAAAAGAGUCCAGAGCCGGAGCAGAACCUGAGCUCCCAGCUCCAAGAGUAUUACAUGAGCUACAACCCUGCUGCCACACCGGAAGCAUUGGAGGUGCUGGGCAACGGCACUGGUUCCUGCACUUGCACAAUGUCUGGCUCCAGGGAGUGUGAGAACGAGUACACGUGUCCACGCCCGCUGCCCGGCGCCUGGCUGGGAGACGUGCCCACCAUCCGUUAG